AUGAAGUCUGAGGAGAUCAACGAGGUCAUCGAAACGCUCCACAUCCCAGGCAGCGGAGCCACUGAGGGCAACACGAUCCCGGUCCCCCGGCUCCAGAAGUUGGCGAUGCGCAUGUUCGGUCGAGCCUGUCGGAUCGCUGUCAGCACGGAGCUCUCCAUGGAGCAAUGUGCUGCAAAGGAGCAGCGGGAUCGCCACGACCAGAAGGCCAAGGAGACCGCCGGACUGAUCUUCGUGAAAUUGGCGCUGGUAUUGGACCAGGCCUCGGAGGCCACCGUCCUGCUGGUCGACGGCGUGAUUGUGAAGAAGUUCUACACACCCUACCGCGCGAUCUUCCGCAAUGAUCCUUCGGAGGAGAAAGACGUGAACAAGGAGCAGAUCAGCGCCGUGUACUACAAGGGGACU